AUGAGUGACAUUGUCAUCAACGCGACCAUCUUCCACGAGCGCCUUGCCACCCUCUACAACACAUGGAAGAAUGACAAGAGAUCUCCCGAUGGCGUCUUUGGAGCCGCUGAUUCUCUCGUCAUUGUGACGGGGAAAGCAGACCAAGAUACCAUAUACCAUAAGAACAAUGCCGUUCAUUUUUGGCUCUUGGGCUACGAAUUUCCUGCGACUUUGAUGGUGUUCACCCCCGCCGUGCUCUAUGUCGUGACAACUGAGAAGAAGGCUAAGCACCUGUCCAAUCUCAAGGAUGGCAAAAUCCCCAUCGAGAUCAUUCCCCUAGCCACAAAAGUGGCAGACAGCAGAACCAAGGCUUUCGAGAAAGCAAUCGACCUCAUCAAAGGCGCAGGCAAAAAGGUGGGAUUCGUACCCAAGAAUGAUGCUCUUCACGGUCCAUUUCCUGAAGAAUGGUACAAAGUACUCGGCGACGCGUCAAAGGAGGUGGAAUCAGUCGACAUUUCCAAUGCCCUAGCUAUGGUGUUCGCCAUCAAGGAUGAGACAGAAUUGCGUAAUAUGCGUACUGCUUCUCGAGCCGCGAGUGGCCUCAUUUCCAAUUACUGGGUUGACCAAAUGUCCGAAGUCCUGGAUCAAGAGAAGCGUAUCAGCCAUCGCGCUCUCGCUGAUCGGCUGGCUAAGAAAAUCGACGACACCAAGUUCUUCAAGAGCCUCUCCAAGAUCCCGAGCGAUUUCGAGAAUCAACAGCUCGACUGGGCUUAUGGUCCAAUCGUCGAGAGUGGUGGACAGUAUGACCUCAAAUACUCAGCCCAACCCAAUGAGGACAAUCUUCAUUCAGGGUGUAUCAUCGCUGGAGUGGGUUUCAGAUACAAAACUUACUGCUCGGUCGUGGCACGGACAUAUCUGAUUGACCCAAGCAAGUCUCAGACCUCCAAUUACAAGAUGCUACUUGCUGCACAUGAUGCCGCGUUGAAAGAAAUAAAGGAUGGUGUGGUCGCAAAAGAUGUUUACAACAAGGCUCUUGGUGUCAUCAAGUCACGAAAGCCCGAAUUGGAGAAACACUUUGGCAAAGAUGUCGGGGCUGCCAUUGGUAUCGAGAUCAAAGACAGCAAGAUUGUUUUGAACGGGAAGAAUCCCAAAACACUUAAAGACGGCAUGACCAUGAGCUUGACCACCAGUCUCUCAGAUCUGACCAACGACAAACCUCAGGACAAGAAAGGCACGAAUUACAGUCUCAUCAUCACAGAUACCGUGCGAGUCACCAGAGGGGACCCAGUCAUCUUCACAAAGGAGGCCUCCACAGAUCUCGAUUCAAUCGAGUUCUAUUUCAAGGAUGAUGAAGAAGAGACUAAGCCCAAGCAGGAGAAAUCCAAGAAGCCUGGAGCCAGUGCAAUAGUCACAUCGAAUAUCAAAUCAUCUCGACUUAGAGGUGCAAAUCGCACAGACAACUCAAAAGAGGAAGAAGAGGCUCGUCGACGCGAGCAUCAGAAAGAAUUGGCCACGAGAAAACAGCGCGAAGGCCUAGAAAAAUAUGCCGAAGAGACUGGAGAUAUGAACGGUGAUUCAGAGAAGAAAUUCAAAAAGUUCGAGUCUUACAAACCUCAUGCACAAUUGCCUGCUAAGGUCAAAGACAUGAUCGUUUGGAUCGACCUCAAGGCCAUGACUGUCAUUCUCCCGAUCAUGGGUCGUCCUGUUCCGUUCCAUAUCAAUACGAUCAAGAAUGUCAGCAAGUCCGAUGAAGGAGAAUAUACCCACCUUAGAUUCAAUUUCUUGUCUCCCGGUCAGGGUGUGGGAAGAAAAGAUGAUCAACCAUUUGAAGACGCUUCUGCACAUUUCGUCAGAUCCCUAACUAUUCGAUCAAAGGACCAAGAUCGUCUAUCAGAUAUAUCGGCACAAAUCACAGAAUUGCGCAAAUCAGCUGUCCGACGUGAGCAAGAAAAGAAGGAGAUGGAAGACGUUGUUGAGCAAGACAAGCUCGUUGAAAUCCGCCAGCGGCGCCCAAUCAAACUGCCGGAUGUUUAUUUGAGACCUGCGCAGGAUGGUAAACGUGUUCCUGGAGAAGUUGAGAUCCAUCAGAAUGGUCUGAGAUACCUAUCACCGUUGCGUAACGAUCACGUCGAUGUGGUUUUCUCAAACGUCAAGCAUCUCUUCUUCCAACCUUGUGUUGGUGAGCUGAUUGUCAUCAUUCAUGUUCAUCUUAAAAAUCCCAUCAUCAUUGGAAAGCGCAAGACCAAGGAUGUUCAAUUCUACCGAGAAGCAACCGAUAUGGCUUUCGAUGAAACAGGUAAUAGGAAACGCAAGCAUCGGUAUGGUGAUGAGGAGGAAUUCGAACAAGAACAAGAGGAACGACGACGACGGGCUGAACUCGAUCGUGUCUUCAAAGGCUUUGCCGAGAAGAUAUCGGAUGCUGCAAGAGAAUACAACAUUGCUGUUGAUAUUCCCUUCAGAGAACUCAGCUUCAACGGUGUGCCGAACCGAAGUAACGUCCUCAUGGCUCCUACUACGGACGCAUUGGUUCAGUUAACCGAGCCUCCAUUUACUGUUAUUACUCUUGAUGAGAUUGAAGUAGCUCAUCUUGAGCGAAUCCAGUUUGGACUCAAAAACUUUGAUCUUGUCUUUGUUUACAAGGACUUCCAUCGACCGCCUACUCACGUCAACACAAUUCCUGUGGAGUCACUUGACCGAGUGAAAGAAUGGCUCGACAGUGUUGACAUUGCCUACACCGAAGGUCCCCUCAACUUGAACUGGGGCACAAUCAUGAAGACCGUUACCACUGAUCCACAUGGAUUCUUCAAGGAUGGAGGCUGGAGCUUCCUUGCAACUGAUACCGACUCCGAGGGUGAAGCAGAAUCGGAAGAAGAAUCGGCCUUCGAGAUGAGCGAUUCCGACUUGGCUGCCAGUGAGUCUGAAAGCGACGAGGAGAGCGAUUUCGACGAUGAUGCCAGCGCCAGCGACGAUGAAGGCGAAGCGGACAGUGGUUUGAGUGAUGAAGGUGAAGACUGGGAUGAAAUGGAGAAGAAAGCCAAGAGAGAAGAUCGAGGAGCCGGUGAGGCAGAGGAUGAGGACAGAGGAAACCGAAAGCGCAAGAGAUAA